AUGCCAGCUGCUGGUCCGACGUAUCUGCGUGGCGGUGGCAGUGAUGAGCAGCAGCAGCAACAGCAGUAUCCUGAUUUCAAGGAUCCUGCACCGCCAUUGGUUGCUGAAUAUAAUCUGCAUCUGAACAUCUUCAUCAUCAGAGUGUUGGGCAUGUCCACCAGAGGCAUGAAGCAUCUGCAGUUCCACAGUCGGCAUCAUCCAAAAACUGGCGAAGAAGAGAGUGUGCUGCAGCUUUCGGCCAGUGAUGUCCAUCUUGGUAAAGUAAUCGCGAAAAGUGGCAUGGUUUACGGAAGCGCAGGGAAAGACUUGGUCAUUGAAGGCUCACGGGUAAUGAUAAGUGGUACAUCGAAUCAGAGCCGUCUGGUACUUCAGGACGGUAUUUGUCGCUUCGAAAACAGCAAUCAGUUCAUGGAUCUUUCUUUCAAUCAAAAUUAG